AUGGCGCUGCCAAUGACGCAGCUGCUGAGGGCUGCGAAACUGCGCGCGGGCGGCCAGUUGACGCAGAUCGUGACGUGCAACCCCAAGAGCCUGGAGGACGCGCUGGUGAAGCAGUUCCAGCAGCUCGGCGAGGCGCUGGGCGUGACGGAGGUGGGGGAGGCCAUGGCCCAGCAACACUACAGCAGACUGCAGCAGUUGAAGGAGCAGGAUAGAGUAUUUGUAGAUAUGGCUCGAGCCGCUGUUCCUCGGCACGGAAGGCUGGAUGCGGGAGAUCGUGGAGGCCACGUGGUGGAGGACCUGGAGGAUGGGGGAGAAGUGGACGUGGUGGUCGUGGCACUGUGCGGACUGAGUCUGGACAAGACGGAGACGGAGCUGCUGGAAGGACGCGUCGGGGACUGGUGGACGUCGCUGCUGAAGGGUGAAGCGCAUCCGAAGGUGUUCAUUAUGGACGGCACGUCCAUGUUCACUCGUCUGACGAGGCGGCUUCUGGUGGCGCUGGAGUGGCUCGUGCACGCGCUGCAUGAACCGGAGAGCGGCUGGAUGAAGGACUCGACGUUCCCGUACAAACUCUUCGACACGUCGCUGGUUGCGAGGGAUUCGAAGGCUGAGGAGACCAAGUCGGCGGAGUUGCUGGAGAUCGAGGAGCUGCAUCAAGCUGCGUGCACCAGCAAGCAGGCCAUGUACACAGAUCCAGCCACGGGUUACUCCGUUAUGGCAGCGUACAUCUUGACGGAGCGGCAAGUUUGCUGUGGCAACGGGUGCCGCCACUGCCCCUACGGCCACGCGAACGUCAAGGACCCGUCUCGGCGCAAGAACGCCCUAGCUGGUAAUGUUUUCCUGCAGCCGCGUCGUCGCUCACGCGGUUUCGCGAAGCGCGAGCUAACCAAGUUAGAAAUUACCGGCAAGCGGCAGCCUGCCGUUUACGGCUUAAGCUGCAUUGCCGAUGAAAUGCAAUCAUAG